AUAGUAAAAUAUAACCACUUUCUCUGUCUUCUCUCUAAUCAACCUCUUCUGAGAAACGAAAAAAAAAACCACAGCCUUGUGAAGCUACAUAGCAAGCUUAGAACCCCCAAAAUAAACCAUAGGCAUUAUGUUUUUUUUAAGAUUAAACCCAUUUAGAUUCAUUCUUUUUCUCUCCAUUUUUGUCUUCUUCGUCACUACUUUUGGAGCUGCUCAUGUACCAGAUGCUUUUCGUGUAUCGUCUGGGUUUCGUCUAGAGGAAGGAGAGCUUGGAGGGUUGAUACCACCAUGGGAGAUGACGCGGAGGUUUCUUGCGGACGCAACAGUGGAUAACUCGUCUCUGUUGCUGGCUGAGGAUAGAACUCGCAGAAAAGACCCGCUUGAUGGGCUCACGCGCUACAAUGGUGGCUGGAAUAUCAGCAAUAGUCACUACUGGGCUUCUGUUGGUUUCACUGCCGCUCCAUUCUUCGUCAUUGCCCUCAUCUGGUUUGUGGUCUUCGGACUUUCCUUAUCCUUGAUCUGUCUCUGUUAUUGUUGCUGUUCUAAAGAGCCUUAUGGCUACUCUCGAACCGCCUAUGCUCUCUCGUUGAUCCUGCUCAUUCUCUUUACUAUUGCUGCAAUCGUGGGGUGCGUAGUGCUGUAUACUGGUCAAGGAAGGUUUCACAGCAGUACAACAAGCACGUUGGGUUAUGUUGUACAACAGGCAGAUGUAACUGUCGAAAACCUCAAGAACGUUUCAGAUUAUCUUGGUGCAGCUAAGCGGAUUGGAGUUGAUGCAGUGUUUCUGCCAUCAGAAGUCCAGAACAACAUUGACCAAAUUGAAACAAAGAUCAACUCUUCUGCAACCACUCUUUCUGAUAAAACCGAAGAGAAUUCAAAGGAGAUACAAAAUGUCCUGGAUAGCGUGAGAUUGGCUCUUGUUAUUGUUGCCGCUAUUAUGCUCUUUUUGGCAUUUCUUGGAUUUUUGUUUUCGAUUUUUGGGUUGCGAACGCUUGUAUAUAUCUUGGUGGUUGUUGGGUGGAUUCUUGUUGCGGGAACCUUCAUUUUAUGUGGUGUAUUUCUUCUUCUUCACAAUGUGGUUGCAGAUGCAUGUGUUGCAAUGGAUGAGUGGGUCCAGAACCCUACUGCCCAUACAGCUUUAGAUGAUAUUCUUCCAUGCGUGGACAAUGCCACAGCCCAAGAAACCUUGUUACGGAGCAGGGAUGUCACCUACCAACUUGUCAAAGUAGUGGACACUGUCGUCAGCAAUGUUACUAAUCUUAAUAAUCCGCCUAAAGGAUUACCAUUUUAUUUCAACCAGUCCGGUCCAAUGAUGCCUACUCUCUGCAACCCUUUCAAUUCCGAUCUCAGUACACGGCAAUGUGAAGCUGGUGAAGUGCACCUGAAUAAUGCUACUAAGGUUUGGCAGAAUUAUGUAUGUAAGGUCAACUCAGAUGGGAAUUGUGCCACAACCGGUCGGUUAACUCCUACCAUCUUUGACCAAAUGGCAGCUGCCGUGAAUGUGAGUUAUGGUUUGUACCGUUACGGUCCAUUCUUGGUUGAUCUGCAGGACUGUACUUUUGUUAGAAAUACAUUCACAGACAUAAGCAACAAGUACUGUCCUGGCCUGCGACGACAUAGUCAGUGGAUCUACAUUGGGUUGGUAAUGGUGUCUGCAGCAGUUAUGCUUUCACUGAUAUUCUGGGUUAUCUAUGCAAGGGAGCGAAAACAUCGUGUGUAUACCAAACAGCUCGAGGCCAGAGCAGCGGGAGGAGAUCCAUCCAAGGCUGCAUAGAUAUCGUCUAAUUCAAUCUGAAAGUUCUUUUUUCAUGUAUAUUUGAGUGAUAUUACACAAUCAGGUUUGUACAUGAUGCCAGCUAUUCUUAGUUUUUAUUGUGUAGAAGUUAGUUUGAGAUGUAUUAUCGAUGUUUGAUAGCUCCUUGAGAAAGUACAGACUUAUGGGCAACUUCUUGUGCCUAGUAGCAAACACGACAUUUCAGUAUCGGUCUCUCAUCGGUCUUUUGUUUGUCUUCACAUAUUUAUUAACUUGAAUCUUUAUGAGA